UUUUGCUUUUCAUUACUCGGUUUCACUUGACUCUCGUUGGUUCAACUGGCAUCUCUCUUCUUAAAAACACAUUAAAUUGUUAGAUAUAAUCUCCAGCAUUUCAUUUUGCUUUUCCCAAUGAAUAACACUUCCAAAUUCGUGGGCUUCAAGAAGUAUUCAAAUUUUGAUCACAAGGUAAGUCUGCUGGGAUUGAGCUGACUCAAAUCUUUGGAGCUGCCUCAAUCAACAGGUGAGCAAUAAAGCGAUCGAUCAAUAUCACUUCUGGGUUUGAAUUGGCGAUCUUCAUCGAAAGCUCCGGCGAGCUCGAUCUUGGCCAGUACAUUAUUAAAGGUUGACUCCUUCCUUCGUCUUUUUUCUUGGGGGGUUUUUCAAUGUCUGCUACGAAAUCCCAAGAAGCCUCUUCUCCGGCUUCUCCAUUUAGAUAUGACGUGUUCUUGAGCUUCAAGGGUCCAGACACUAGCAACAGUUUCAUCGAUCACCUCUUCGCAGCUCUGAACCAUGCUGGAUUUCACACCUUCAGAGACGCAGAUUUAUUAGAAGUACGAGAUUAUGAUCCCGAGAAAGUGAUUCGAGAGUCGAGGAUGUCAAUAAUAGUCUUGUCGAACAACUAUGCCCGGUCAGCUUGGUGCCUUGAAGAGCUCGUGAUGAUCCUCAAACUGAGGACUUUUGGACACAUAGUUGUACCUAUUUUCUACUAUGUGAAUCGAUCUGAAGUGAGGAAGCAAAUCGGCAGUUUCGAAGAAGCAUUUAUGAUCCAUGAAGAGAGGAUCGAAUUCGAAACAGAUGAACUAGUGAAAGAGAAAUUGAAGGAUAUGCUACGAAAAUGGAGGGCUGCGCUUAAAGAAGUUGCAAAUUUGGCCGGGAUGGUUAUUCCAAAUCAAGCUGAUGGGUAAUUUCCUCGUAGCUCGCUUCUUUAGCUAGGCAUACUUGUGUCGCUUUUCAUCCCACUUUAACAGUAAUGCCAAUAACGUUCUCAUAUUUGUUAGUUAUUGCUUUGAAAUGUUUAAUUCUUGGUUAGUGCGACUCAAUCAUGUAUUCUUAUUGUUUUUUAUGUUCCAACUUUAUCGCAAUUUCAGACACGGGGCAAGGUUUAUCCAGGAAAUUAUAGAAGUGGUUGGAGAAAAUCUCAGUCGCAUGUCAUUGAACAGUGCCCCCAACUUGGUUGGAACAUUGCAGGUGAAUGCUGUGCAAUCUUCCAACAAUCUCAGUAGCAUGUCAUUGAACGGUGCCCCCAACUUGGUUGGAACAUUGCAGGUGAAUGCAGUGCAAUCUUUCAACUGGCCUUGGCCAAGGCUCCACAAACUUGUUGGGAUUUCUCCUCUCUUCAGCAGAGCCAAGUUGCUCCAUGUUUGGCCGGGUCUCAACUUCUGGUACUACCUUGCUAUCAUCUCGUCACCGGCAUGGGUUUUCUCAUUCUUGGCUAUGGAUUUCAUCAAGAAAACCACCGACCUUGUCUUCAUCUUCCUGAUUUCAACACUUGCACUUUCAUGCUUCGCUAUUAACUUCAUGCUUUCACAGUUCUAUUUUUCGUUACCAAGUAUUCCAGAAACCGAUCGUUUCUUUCGCGGAUACCAACGUGCCGGGAAAACAAUCGGCUACACACUUCUGUUCUUCGGCAAUGUCGGACUCUACUACUUCACCGAGAAAUCCGUUGCUUGCAUGCUCACUUUCCUCCUCCUCGCCUUUUACUGUCUCUGCGCUCUCUUCUGUAUCCAACCAUAUACGGAUUUUGGCGCCCUAGAAUUCCUCCUCAGCGCGUGUAUGAAUCAAACAUUGAGUCUUUUCGAGCUCCGAUCUUCAUACUCAUGGCUAGUUAUAAUUGCCUGUAUUGUCAUAGCAGGGAUCCGUUUUCGUCUAGAACCGCCAGAAGCAACUACCGAUGAAGUUGAUCUUGAAUCAGGCCAUCGGAAUACUUAGCGAAGAGAGGUCAGGUCAAGAAAAACCCCGUCGGAUUAUUAACAAAGUCGUGAGGCUUGCACUAAAGAGUAGUACUAUUGCAAUAUUUCCAGAGGAUUUCCAAAUUCUUGUGUGGAAGUUGAUUUGGUCAUUUUUAUCAGGGAGGUAAUAGAUUGCUGGAGGAAGUAACGUUUCAAAUCUCACACUGUCCAACCACCACUUGGUCACUUGGUCACUUGGGCGGGAGAAAAGUUGGUGGGUCCUAUUCCUUGGUCGGUGACACAAUCUUGCACUGAGAUAGGCUAUAGUUUUGACCCCAAUAUCUACAGAUCCGCCCUGCUGUUAGGUGCUCCAUAGCAAGAGACGCUGCGGUGCGAAACAAAGAAGAUAUCACAUUGGUAUGUAUAAAGCAAGCGAAAGGGUAGGGCUAUAUAUAACAAGAGAAACAAUGGCGACUGACAGAUGGAAAUUUCAUCCAACGUCUGUGGGUGUGAGAGUGAGUGCGUUCAUCCAGCUAUUAAUCUCAAAAUUCAAACAAGAAAAAAGGAUGAUCCUGCAUUUCGGUAUACUGAGGAACUUAAACAUCAGGCAUAUUCUCAUGAUCCAACAGUAUCUAUCGAUGUACAAAACCAGGUUGUGCCAUACUGUUGAGUUCCAGUCAGAGAAAGCAUUCACAUGUAUCACAUCUGCUUUCACAGAGAUGAAAAGUAAACAAUCCUCAGCUUCCAUAUGGUGGAAGGACCACCCAAA